ACCAGGCGGUGGAGCUUAGAGCGACUGCUGCGGCUCGGACAGUGUUGCCAGCAUUUUUUUUUUUCAGGUUAUUUACCCUGGAUUAUAGUGUAUCCAACUUCACAAGGUCUCUUAGUUGAAGUUUUGGCAAUUGAGAAAUUGAAGAUCCUAGACUACUGAAAAGAAGGUCAUUUCGGAGCUGGAGAUGUGAAUUUAAAAAAAAGAAAGGAAAAAAAAAACUGCUGUUUGGGACUCACAAACCAUAUUGAGAAAAUGACAGAGGUGUUGGAAGACCAUUACUUUUGGAAGGCCUGUUAAUAUCCAUUUCCUAAGUGAGACUUGACCAACAUUUCCUCUGGCAUGGCGCAAAGCAGUCCCCAGCUUGAUAUUCAGGUUCUCCAUGAUCUCCGGCAACGUUUCCCUGAGAUUCCAGAGGGUGUGGUAUCUCAAUGCAUGUUACAGAAUAACAACAAUCUAGAAGCCUGUUGCCGAGCCCUGUCCCAGGAGAGCAGCAAAUACUUGUAUAUGGAAUACCAUAGUCCAGAAGACAAUAGAAUGAAUAGAAAUCGCCUUUUGCAUAUUAACUUGGGUAUCCAUUCUCCUAGUAGCUACCAUCCAGGAGAUGGAGCCCACCUUAAUGGUGGUCGAACACUGGUGCAUAGCUCAAGCGAUGGACAUAUUGAUCCUCAGCAUACAGCAGGUAAACAGCUGAUAUGUUUAGUUCAGGAACCACACUCAGCUCCAGCUGUUGUGGCUGCUACUCCCAACUAUAAUCCAUUUUUUAUGAAUGAACAGAACAGAAGUGCAGCUACUCCUCCUUCACAGCCACCUCAGCAGCCAUCUUCCAUGCAAACGGGAAUGAAUCCAUCUGCUAUGCAAGGACCUUCCCCACCGCCACCUCCAUCCUACAUGCACAUACCUCGGUAUAGUACAAAUCCAAUUACUGUUACAGUGUCCCAAAACCUCCCUUCUGGACAGACUGUACCAAGAGCUUUACAGAUUCUUCCACAAAUUCCAAGCAAUCUCUAUGGAUCUCCUGGUUCUAUUUAUAUUAGACAGACAUCUCAGAGUUCAUCAGGAAGACAGACUCCUCAGAAUGCUCCAUGGCAGUCCUCAACACAAGGCCCAGUGCCUCAUUACAGCCAACGUCCUUUACCUGUUUAUCCACAUCAACAGAACUAUCAACCUUCUCAGUAUUCUCCCAAACAACAGCAGAUUCCUCAGUCAGCUUACCAUUCACCACCCCCUUCUCAGUGUCCUUCACCCUUUAGCUCUCCACAGCAUCAAGUACAACCUUCCCAGCUGGGCCAUCCAGGCUCUCAUGUGUUUAUGCCACCUAGUCCUUCAACUACUCCACCCCACCUAUAUCAACAAGGACCUCCUACUUAUCAGAAACAGGGGAGUCAUUCAGUAGCCUAUCUCCCUUACCCAGCAUCUAGCUUACCUAAAGGUUCCAUGAAGAAGAUAGAAAUUACAGUUGAACCUUCUCAAAGACCUGGGACAGCAAUAACUAGGAGUCCUUCACCCAUUAGUAAUCAACCAUCUCCAAGGAACCAGCACUCACUGUAUUCAGCCACCACACCACCUUCAAGUUCUCCUUCAAGAGGGAUAUCUAGUCAACCAAAACCUCCGUUUAGUGUUAAUCCUGUGUAUAUUACUUAUACACAGCCAACUGGACCUUCAUGUGCUCCAUCAGCAUCUCCUCGGGUGAUGCCAAACCCAACUACAGUUUUUAAAAUUACUGUCGGUCGAGCAACGACUGAAAACCUUUUAAAUUUAGUGGACCAAGAAGAACGCUCUGCAGCACCAGAACCUAUUCAGCCCAUUUCAGUGAUACCAGGCUCUGGGGGAGAAAAGGGAAACCACAAGUAUCAGAGGAGUUCUAGUUCUGGAUCAGAUGACUAUGCCUAUACACAAGCCUUGCUGUUACAUCAGCGAGCAAGGAUGGAGAGGUUAGCAAAGCAAUUGAAACUUGAAAAGGAAGAGCUAGAGCGAUUGAAGGCUGAAGUCAACAGUAUGGAGCAUGAUCUGAUGCAGAGACGACUCAGAAGGGUCAGUUGUACCACUGCAAUUCCCACGCCUGAGGAAAUGACAAGAUUGAGAAGCAUGAACAGACAACUCCAGAUAAAUGUUGACUGUACACUGAAAGAAGUUGACCUCCUUCAAUCUAGAGGAAAUUUUGAUCCAAAAGCCUUGAAUAAUUUUUAUGACAACAUAGAACCUGGCCCAGUUGUCCCACCAAAGCCAUCUAAAAAGGACUCUUCAGACCCCUGCACAAUUGAGAGAAAAGCCCGAAGAAUUAGCGUGACUUCCAAAGUACAGGCAGAUGUUCAUGAAUCCUAUGCAGCAGCUGCAGAUGAACAUAUAAGUGGCUGCAAACAGAGUCGUCGGGCACAACCCCGAGAUGAGGAUUAUGAAGGGGCUCCAUGGAAUUGUGACAGCUGUACCUUUCUCAACCACCCUGCACUGAAUCGCUGUGAGCAGUGUGAGAUGCCUCGGUACACUUGAGUUCAGAAGAAUUGUCACCAAGUUGAGGGUGAUACUUGAGCACUCACCGGAAGGAAAGGAGACCUCAGGAUUGCAUUCAUCUGCCCAGCCUUUUUAUUUCUUGAUUGCCCAGAGGGUGGAGGAGGAAUAACACUGUGGCCACUGGGCUCACAAACAUAAAAAAUGGGGAGGUCUUUGUUU